CCUCUCUCCUUGGUAGCACCCAUAGCUGAGCAAACCUGCUUAGAACAAACAGAUGCAGCCUUUUCUUAUCACUACCUGAAUAAGUUAAAGCUUUUUUGUGUGGGAAAGUUUUGUUUUUGGAAACAUUUGAGCUAGAAAGUUAACCUAUCAGCCCAAGAACACAAAGAACGUAAACACUAUUGUCAAUGACAAUGAGCAACCAGGAAGAGAGGACAGUCAGAGAGAUGAUGGGCUCUUCCAUCUGCCUCGUACCAGAGAAGCACUUGCUGUGCCUUCUUUGCAGAAACAUCUUCACCAACCCAGUUACCAUACCCUGUGGACACAGCUUCUGCCUGUCCUGCCUCAGCCAAUUCUGGACUCGACGCCAGGCCAAAUACUGUCCAGACUGUAGAAGAUUGUUUGCCAACAAGCCAGACCUCAGCGUCAACCAUAUUUUGGCAGAUGUUUGUGAAAAUUACAGAAGAGCGCAGCCUCAGAAACCACCGGACGAAGAGACGGUUACAGACGUUCAACAAAUGAUCCAGGACAGACUACACAAGAUAGAGAGGCUAAAAUCUUCCCUGGAGGUCCAAAAGAGUUCUUACCUGCGUGAGGUGCGAGAGAGUCAAAAAGUCUUCUCAGCCCUUGUAUGUGCUAUGGAGACAACUCACAAAGCUGUCGUCUCUGCAAUUGAGAGCAAGCAAAAGGAAGAAGAGCAAAGAGUGCAGAAGCUGAUAAGGGAAAUCAAGGAAGAAAUCGAGCAGCUGAGGAACCACCUGAAUCAAGCUGACCCUCAGGAUUUUGAUCAAAGUGAGGGCAUGAAGCAGGUUGUCUCGCUCAGUGAGAUGAAGGACUGGUCCAGGGUUAGCAUUGAAAGUGACCCUUGUGUUGGGGUCACAAGAAGAGCGAUGUCAGACCUCUUAGAAAAGAUCAAACUGGAAGUCAACAGGCUCUCCAAAGCUGAACAAAGGAGACUAGAGAGGUAUACAGUUGAGCUGAACCUCAGUGGAAAGACAGCCCACCCGUUUCUUUCCGUCUCAGAUGACCGGAAACAGGUGAGGCAUACCAACAAGCUUCAGGAGGUUCCAGAUCAUCCAACGCGUUUUGACCGUGUGGCCAACGUGCUGGCUAAGGAAGGCUUCAGCAGUGGGAGGGUCUACUGGGAGGUGGAGGUCGGCGACAAGAUCGAGUGGAACCUGGGUGUCGCCAGGCAGUCCAUAAACAGAAAAGGAAAGUUUACUGUCUGCCCGGCCAAUGGUUUCUGGACUUUGAGCCUGAAGGCUGGAGGCCAGUAUAUUGCCAACACCUCUCCUGUCACCUUUGUGGCUCUGGAGCAGCGUCCUAAGACUGUGGCGGUGUUUUUGGAUUACGCCCAAGGCUUCGUUUCCUUCUUCUGUGCUGAAUCAGGAGUGCACAUUUACACCUUCACAGACAGGUUCACAGACAGGCUUUAUCCAAUCUUCAGUCCCGGACGCCUGCAUGGUGGCAAAAAUGCAGCCCCGUUGAUCAUAACUUCAAGUUUCUGCAGCAUUUGAGCUUCAGUCAUUGGUUUUAUCUUCUGUAUUUUCCCGAUUUUGACAAAUUAUUUAUUAAAUGAAAUGUAUAUCAGACAUCUUCAAUAAACCACAUAUUAUUCUGUGCAAUUACUAACUGAUUAUUUACACUAUAGCGUGAAAGGGAUAAUGAAACAGGUAAAAUGUAAACAUAAAGAGGAGGGCAUCGACUGAGAGGAGAUAAGGAGAUGGAUGUGUAGGGCUGCAGAGCUGGGACAGAGGGGGCACAGCCAAACAGCGGAGCAUUGUGCUCAUACACCAGGCACUGGGAGACACACAAUGACACAUUCGUACGCACACACACACACACACACACAUGCUCGUGCUGCUGCCCACUGCCACACAGACACACGCUGGCAUCUCUAGAGGGCAGCCCCGUCUCCAGCCCAGUCCGGUCCUGUCCAGGGUGUUGGGAGCUGGUCCCGUCUCUGUGCUGCAGUUCAACCCAUCCUCUGAGAGAGAGCCUCACAGCUCUGCUGCCUUCCUUCUGCCUGCGCUUUGCUCUCAGGGCAACUCCAGGGAUUUUCUGCCGGGGGGAGCAGCAAAAAAACUUCCUGUGGAUCAUCUUAAGUGGGAAAAGUUAUAAAACCACUGGAGGAUACCUGCUCUCUUUUUUUAAAUCCAAGCGGACUUCAUCAACGUCAC